CGAAGACGAGAUGCAUGUUAAAGGUACAUGUACCACGGCUGAGGGUUGGUCCACUGGGCAGAAGACCUCAAAUAUUGGCUAAUAGCAGCACCGCGAAUUACAUCAUAACCUACCUCCCUUUACCCUCAGCACCAAACAACGGAUUACCAUCCGGCCUCCCCACCCCUUUUGAACCACAGCGCGAGGGCCUCUCUUACACCAGACCAGAGACCUAUGGGAGUGAAAUGCCCACACUAGCAGAAGAGGCAGAGGAGCGCCUGGGCAACGAGCUAGCGCUCCUCGAGGCCAUGUACCCGGAGAGCAUCGCCUUCGACCCCAAGGGCCGCGAGCUAAAGUACACACCACCCGCCCCCGGCGAAGGCGAUGGUCCUGUUGCUGGCAAGGGAGUUCUCGUCCUCAGGCUGCCAGAUACCUACCCAGCCAGUGGCCCGCCGGACCUCAUCACAGCAAGGGACGCUAGGGGCCAGGACGCCCGGGCGCAGGUGUCGGCUGCGUUCAGGGGACUUGGCGUGGGCGAGGGCGAGGGCGAGGAGGUGCUGGAUGCGUACCUCCUCGCCUUCCAGGAUUUGAUCAACGACUCGGCGGGGAGCGGUCCAGACGGCCCAGCGGCCCCGCGGGCGGAACUGGAACACAGCAGCAGCAGUAGCAGUAGGGAGCAGCCCCAGCCCCAGCCCCAGCCCCGCAAGACGGUGGUCAUCUGGCUGCACCACCUCCUAAACACAAACAAGCGCAAGCUCGCGCUGGGCCCGGCGGCCGGCGUCUCCGGGCUGACGAGGCCCGGGCACCCGGGCGCCAUGGUCUUCUCCGGCCCGCGGGACGCCGUCGACGGCCACGUGGGCGAGCUGAGGGCGCAGAGGUGGCAGGCGUUCCAGGUGCGGUAUGACAGCAGCGACGAGGGGGAGGGUGGAAAGGGCGCUGGCGAGGGCGCUGGCGCUGGCGCUGCUGCCUGGGCGUUUGAGCACGGCACGGGCACCCGCGAGGUCGAGAGCCUGGGCGAGAUGGCGCGGGGGAUCUCCGGGGCCGAGCACCGGGAGAUGUUCCUGAUGGUCAUGGGGCUGAAGUGAGCGAGCGGGUGGCUUGGGUUUCCUGCACAGACACGGCGGUUCUGAGGUACGAAUUGUCUCUUCUCUCGGGGUGGACAAGGAACCAGCCAGCCCCGGAGCGUCUGGCUCUGGCACGAGAGCAGUGUGCCGUGCUGUCUACGCUCUGCCUCGUGCUUCGAGCGCGUAACAACUUGCCCGCCUCCUUUGCUGUUCGCCGGUCCCGGGCGGGAUCGUGCUGGGUCACCAAAUACUCCGAGUCCUGCCCCAUUUUUCAAAGCUCCAAUGGGUCUAUGACACAAGCUACUUUACGGACACGCAAGUCUUGUUGCAAGAUCCAGUACUGCGGAGCUUGCAAUAGUGAUCAACAGUGUACAUCUUGCGUUGCAUCACUGGGGGUUUUGAAAAGCACUGAGUUGACUGACUGCGCCUAACCCGAGACAGCCCGGAUCUCGGAGCAAGAUACAUCUAGUCAAAUGCCCCCGGGCGCAUCUAAAUCUCAAUUGAUAUAUGUAGUAUCUA